AUACGUAGAGAAGAAUGGUUGCUAAAUCAAAUUUUCUGUCUAAUUGUGGUUAACCGGCCUAAGAGAGACGUGCCCGAAAAGAAUAAAGGUUUCCCCUUGAAAGAUCGUACAUAAAAAGUUUUUGUCACUUUGAAGGUACCAAGAAGCUGUCAACAUUGAUAAAACCUUUGUGGUUAGUAAUGGAAUUUAAGAAACCUAGCAUUCCUCUAAGGUCUUUAUCACAAUUAUUUGCCCUUCCUCCUUGUCAUAACAAAAGUGGACUAGUAUGUAUAGCACUCACCUUGAAGGUACCAAGAAGCUGUCAACAUUGAUAAAAACCUUUGUGGUUAGUAAUGGAAUUUAAGAAACCUAGCAUUCCUCUAAGGUCUUUAUCACAAUUAUUUGCCCUUCCUCCUUGUCAUAACAAAAGUGGACUAGGUAUGUAUAGCACUCACAUAUAUUAUUACUUUUUUGUCUGAGAUACACUACAAGCCUACAACUCUGUCUAUUGCACAAUGGAUGCAGAUGCAGCUCCUUUGCACAUAGCAAUGUAUCCAUGGUUUGCUAUGGGGCACCUCACCCCAUUUCUCCACCUUGCCAACAAGUUAGCCAAAAGGGGACACAAAAUCUCCUUCUUCAUACCCAGAAGAACACAAGCCAAGUUAGAAGACCUCAAUCUUCACCCAAACCUCAUCACCUUUGUCCCCAUCAAUGUUCCUCACGUUGAUGGUCUUCCUUAUGAUGCAGAAACCACUUCAGAUGUUCCCUCCUCUUUGUUCCCACUCAUUGCCACUGCCAUGGACCUCACAGAGAAAAACAUUGAACUUCUCCUCCUUGAUCUCAAACCACACAUCGUUUUGUUCGAUUUUUCCACAUAUUGGCUACCAAACUUGGCUCGUAGAAUAGGAAUAAAGUCUCUUCAGUACUGGAUUAUUAGCCCUGCAACAGUAGGGUACAUGGCAUCCCCAGCUAGACAAAGAGAAGAUGACAUGAGAAAGCCACCUUCAGGGUUCCCUGAUUGUUCCAUCAAGCUGCAUGCACAUGAAGUUCGGUUCCUUGCUGCAGCAAGGAAACUAGAGUUUGGCAAUGGUGUUCUUUUCUAUGAUCGUAUCUCAGUUGGUGCAGAUUUGUCUGAUGCUAUUGGAUUCAAAGGUUGUAGAGAAAUUGAAGGGCCUUAUGUGGACUAUCUAGAGACACAAUUUGGUAAGCCCGUUUUGCUUACAGGUCCUCUUGUGCCCGAGCCAUCAAAUUCAACUUUGGACGCAAAAUGGGGUGAAUGGCUUGGUAGAUUCAAAGCUGGUUCAGUGAUUUACAUUGCAUUUGGAAGUGAACACUCUUUGCAGCAAAACCAAUUGAAUGAGUUGUUGUUGGGUCUUGAGCUAACAGGAAUGCCAUUUUUUGCAGCACUUAAGCCCCCUAUUGAGUUUGAGUCCAUUGAGAAAGCUCUCCCAAAAGGGUUCAAAGAAAGGGUUCAAGAAAGAGGGGUUGUGUAUGGGGGGUGGGUGCAGCAACAGUUGAUCUUGGCACACCCUUCUGUUGGGUGCUUCAUAACUCACUGUGGUGGAGCUUCUCUAACUGAGGCACUUGUGAACCGGUGUCAGUUGGUGCUGUUGCCACGACUUGGUUCCGAUUUCAUCAUCAAUGCAAGAACCAUGGGGGGAAAAUUGAGGGUUGGUGUGGAAGUUGAGAAAGGGGAAGAAGAUGGUUUGUUCACAAAGGAAAGUGUGUGUAAAGCUGUGAAAACUGUGAUGGAUGAUGAGAUUGAUCAGCUUGGCAGAGAAGUCAGAGCAAAUCACAACAAAGUGAGGAGCCUCUUGCUAAGUAACAAUUUCGAGUCAUCUUGUGUAGAUGCUUUCAGCCACAGGCUUCAGGAUUUAGUCUAAGUUCAGCCCCAGUUUAAUUAAAUCACUGUAUAAGUUCUAUAUUAUUGACACUGAAUCCAGUAGGGUUAUUUGGUCGUGUAAGAACUAAAAAGCGUCCUUUAUGAUUGAUGCAUUAAAUCAUGGGUUGAGAAAGAAUAUAUGUACAAAACCUAGUCUUGAUAAUCUUAAAGAAAUGUUUAUUAUUUUGUAAUAAUCAGUUAAGGGCAUGUCCAAUAAGGUUCAUUUAAGGUGAAGGUUCUUAAUUCAGCUUUAGUGCUGUCAAUUUUAGAAACAAGUUGACAGCAAUUUUCGUCACAAUAUCAAGGCUGUUGAGGUGUUUAUGAUCACAAACGCGAUUACUGUUAUGACUGUA